GCCAUAGUCCAUGGCGCGGCAGUCGCGCGAGCUGCCACGUAAUGUUGUGCGUGCCGUUCGUUUGCUCAUGAAUUGCUCCUGCUAAAGAUUCGUCUAGUGGUGCUGCGUGGAGGCGAACGGCGACGAGGGCGAUGCGCGAGACUGCACCCAGCCGUUCAUAACUCUCGGCGAUUCGCAUCAUUACGAAGUGAUUGUUAAAGCAACAGAAUGUCACAGUCAAGCGGUUACCAGUAUCCAUUGUUCGCAGAUUCUAACAAUCCCUUGAAAAAUGAGCCACCUCCCAUAGUAAACGGUCAAAAUCCUGCAUCUCAACAAAAUGGAAUGCAGUCUCCUCAGUUCAACCUAACUGGCACACCGUCAUCACAAUCGUCACGUGACCCAUCCAGGGAGACUUCCAGAGAUCCGUCACCUACGCAAUAUCUUCACAAUCAAUAUCGGCCUCAGUUGCCACGACCGCCAAUGCCACCAAUAAACGGACCUCAGAACUCGAAUGUGUUGCCUCCGCCACCUAGAACAUCGCAACCGUAUAGUCCUGGAAAUAUCCAUAGUGCCCAUAGCCAAUAUGUUGCUAACACUCGUCAGAACAUCGCAGUUAGUACAUCUUCGACUGCUUUUGUAUCUCAGCCUAGCCAAGAAAUUCAACAUCGACCCACAAUUCUUUCGAAUCAGAUGCCCCCGGUAGCACAGAAUCCAAUUCCAGUGUCAGCCCCGUCGACAUUUGCGGAUACUGUUAAACCAGAUCCGACUAAAGUGAGCCAAAGUUAUCAGUGGGCGACUAAUCCCCCACCUACUAACAUUCCGCAGGGUACUAUAGGCGUUCCUGGAGUAUCCAGUAGCAUCGAUAAGCCUAGUCAAGUCUCAACAGAUCAAAUUGCGGAAAGUCAAACGUCUUUUACUAGAGUAAAUAAGAGCUCACCGUACAUAGAUCAAGGACCUCUUAUCCCGCCACCUGCAUCCAAUGCUAAUCUACCUCCUUUGAACAAAACGCAUCAGUUAAAUCAAAACAGUUAUGUACAGCAAGGUCUAGUGAGUUCCAGUAUACAACCUCCAAGGACUCAAAACAUCCAAGCACAAUCGAUAAUUAGCCCUUCCGCAAGCUCAAGUAAUCCGCUACUCAGAUAUGGAAAUCAACAGAAUACAUCAAGUGCAUCGCCAAUGCCAAAUCCAAGCACACAGAAUUUAUUCUAUAGUACACAAGGUCAUAAUAUAGGUCCACGAAGUCCUCACGAUUAUCCACCCCAGUCUCAAAAUUUACUUACUGGAUAUAUGGAUCCCACGGGAUUAGGAAAUAUCCCUCAAAGUCAGAAUAUACAUCAGAAUUUAGCUGGCCAGAGGAAAUAUCCGCAACAAGACACUGCCAAUACCACGAUGCUAUCGCCUUCAGGAGGUAAUCAAUUACAUGGUGCAAGAUUACCUCCUUCAGGAAUGCCUCCUCUUCCGGGACAACAGACGUACGACCCUCGUUCGCAAUAUCCCGGUCCGAUGACGAACGUUCCAUUAGACUCAUCAAAUAGAAGAUAUCCUAAUAUGUAUCCUGACCAAUUAAAUCAAAUAAACAAUCAGAUGAGCAAUUUGAACAUCGCACAAGUUGGCUACAACAAAAUAUGGGGAAUGGAAUCGAUAGACCUUUUACAGUGCCGAAAUAUACUGCCGCCUGAAAAAGUCGAACCACCAAAGAUCAAGUUGCAUCAGGAAUUCCUAGACGCUGUAAAUUGUAAUUCUGAAAUAUUCAGGUGUACAUUGACAAAAAUCCCAGAAUCAAAUUCGCUUCUGCAAAAAUCGAGAUUACCAUUUGGCGUACUGAUACAUCCUUUUAAGGAUCUAAACCAGCAUUUACCAGUAAUUCAAUGCAAUACGAUCGUCCGUUGUCGAGCUUGCCGAACAUAUAUCAAUCCGUUUGUAUACUUCGUCGACUCGAGGAGAUGGAAGUGCAAUCUCUGUUUCAGAUUGAAUGAACUUCCCGAGGAAUUUCAAUUUGAUCCUGUAACAAAAUCGUACGGCGAUCCAUCACGACGACCAGAGGUCCGAACCGGAACGAUAGAGUUUAUUGCGCCAAGCGAAUAUAUGGUCCGUCCACCUCAGCCCGCAGUCUAUCUCUUUGUCCUGGACGUAUCUCGUCUCGCAGUGGAAAGCGGUUAUCUGCAGAUUGUUUGCAACACCAUCACCGAUGAACUAUCGCGUUUGCCCGGCGACAGCCGCACUCAAAUCGGUUUUCUUGCUGUUGAUUCUACUCUGCACUUCUUCAGCAUGCCUGAUAACGUCUCGCGACCACAUGAAAUGAUCAUGCUGGAUAUCGAUGACGUGUUUUUACCGUGUCCAGACAACUUGAUUGUAAAUCUGAAAGAACGUGAAGAACUUGUUCGCGACCUUCUUGCUCAGCUUCCCGUCAAAUUUUGCGGCACUAAUGAUACAAACUGCGCUCUUGGUGCCGGUCUUCAAGCUGCCCUCAAACUUCUCUCCGCCACCGGAGGACGCGUCACCGUUUUUCAAACGUGUCUGCCUAAUACCGGUCCAGGGGCCUUGCAGCCGAGAGAGGAUCCUAAUACUAGAGUGAACAAAGAUGUGCCACAUCUUAACCCCGCGACGGAUUUCUACAAAAGAUUCGCUCUGGAUUGCAGUGGACAACAAAUCGCGGUUGAUCUGUUUUUGUUGAACAGUCAGUACAGCGAUCUGGCAACUUUAUCGUGUGUAUCAAAGUUUACGGGCGGCUGCAUUUACCAUCUGCCACUGUUUCGAGCAUCGAAGUUACAGAAUACUGAAGCUUUAGAGAGAUUACUUCGUCGUUAUUUAACAAGAAAAAUUGGUUUUGAGGCGGUGAUGAGACUCCGCUGUACUCGCGGUCUCAGUAUCCACGCUUUCCACGGCAGCUUCUUCGUUCGUUCGACCGAUCUACUCUGCUUGCCAAAUAUUAAUCCGGAUGCCGGUUUUGGCAUGCAAAUUUCCAUCGACGAAAAUCUUUCCGAUGUACAGAGCGUAUGCUUCCAAGCAUCACUUCUGUAUACUUCUAGCAAAGGUGAACGAAGAAUCAGAGUACAUACUUUAUGCCUACCAGUCGUGUCAAGUCUGUCAGAUGUAUUACAUUCUGCAGAUCAACAAUGUAUAGUCGGCUUAUUAUCAAAAAUGGCUGUCGAUCGAUCGCUUCUGUCAUCAAUGUCAGACGCUAGAGAUGCAUUAAUAAACGUCGCUAUCGAUGUUUUAUCCGCGUACAAAUUGACACAGUCUUCCAGCGGCGGAGGACUUAUCGCUCCAGGAAGUUUAAAGCUGUUGCCGUUAUACAUCAUCGCAUUGUUGAAGAGUUCAGCAUUUAGAUCCGGCAUGAACACGCGCUUGGAUGAUCGUAUAUUCGCCAUGCUUCAAUUGAAGACAUUACCGCUGGCACAGCUGAUACAAGUGGUUUACCCUGAUUUGUAUCCCGUUCACAUACUCGACGAUCGCAACGCGAAGGACAUCGACGGCAAAGUGUGUCCACAGCCGCCUCGGCUUAAUUUAUCUGCUGAGAAACUCGACAGUCGGGGUAUCUUUCUUUUGGACGCUGGCGACAGAAUUUUUAUUUACAUUGGCAAGAAUAUCAAUCCGCUUUUAUGUUCCAAUAUGUUUGGCACUUCAGGAUUCGCAUCUAUUCCAGAUGAAAUGUAUGAGUUACCGGAAUUGGAUACGGUAGAAAGCGAACGGUUGCGAAACUUUGUGUUUAGCCUGCAAGAAGAGAAACCGUACUAUGUACCUCUACAAAUUAUCAAGGACGAUAGCCACUUCAGAGCGUUGUUCGUCGAACGAUUGAUAGAGGAUCGAUUCGAAUCUGCUCUUAGCUACUAUGAGUUCUUACAACAUCUCAAGACGCAAGUGAAGGAUUGACCAAGUUAAGGAAUUUGUGCGUGAGACCAACUCCUGCUCGAAUGUAUUAAUCAUUGAGGAUUAUGGAAUCAUUAUGAAGCAAUUGCGUAAUUAAAAGUUUACGCGAUCUGUUAUAAUCAUUAAUCGAUCAUGGGUCAUUCGGGAUAUUUUGGGACGUGUGAUUCAAGAUCUACUUAUGCCAUCUACUUAUGCAGCAGUGACAGCCUUAUUGAAAGACACUGACGCAUUUAAAUAUGAUAGAUUGUAUAAUUAUUGUUAUUAUUAUUAUAUUAUUAUUUACAUCGAUAUAGCCUCGUCAUAUGGACUUGCGUUCUCAUUGCGCGUAUCCACUUGGGUUUAAGUAAUUUCUUCAACUCGUCUAGUAACAUAAUACCCAAUUUUUUACCAUUUUGUUAUCCCUAUGACAAUUUUGAGAUUUAUUUGUUCAGUAGGACAUUUUUUUCGCAAUAGCAAUAGUUCAUUGAAUAGCAUCAGCAUGACGAUGCAUCAACAGUACAGUUGAUUUUCUCUAUCAUAAAAUUGUUGAGAUCAAGCAUUUCUUCUACAUUAAGAUUUCUCUCGGUCUUCGUUCUUUUAUCGCAAUGCACGUACGAAUGGAAAUGUCAUUGCCCGCUGUCUUUCACUCGCUUAUCUACUCGUGAUUACGUGAUAAAUAUAAGCAGUGAGAGAGCAGCGCAAAGAGAGAGACUCUUAGCUUAAAAAAAAACAAUUGACUUGAAAUAGAGAAAAUCGAUGAUUUUCCGAUGAUGUUUGUAUAGAAUAUACAUAUUUUUAAAUUACGUUUUUCCUUUUUUUUCAACGUCUGUAUAGGAGUAUCGUUAUUGUCGCAAUACCAAGUGUUCUUACCUUAAAAAAAUACCAUCUUGAAAAAAUCCUGAAAGAUAUUAAUUACAAAUAAUAUGCAAUAGAAAGUGAAUUAAAUAAGUGCAAUUUUGCAUUUUCAGUAUAACUAAUAAUAAUAAUAAAUGGAAGAUGCUUGCGGACCGAGUAUCGCCAAACGAAGAUGUUUCACGGUGUUAACAAAUGCGCUCUUGUAAUUUAAUUAUCUGCGGGCGAUAAAAAAAAUGAACAGAGAGGAGGUAGCGUAAUAAAACUCGUGAAAAAAUUAUAUUAUCGGUCACCACAUGUUUCUUGAACGGUGACAUGUUAAUUCACAUUGUAAAAUUGUAAUCUCACAGUGAUGAGCGAGAUCGUAAUAACUAAUUUCGAAUGGUCGACGAACGUUGCAAUUAAAAUUAUUGUUGCAAUUGAAUUAAUAAAAUAAUUGUAAAGAAAUAUAUAGGGAAAGACGGUGAUUGCGCCAAUGUAAAAUACGAUUAUCGGGGCGUAUAAGCUCGUCUAUAAAGAACUCUAUAACAAAAUAAACGACUAAUGGUGAACAAUAGCACUAGCAAGUGUUAUGAGAAAUAAACAAAUGAAUAUUGUAAAAUAA